AUGUCACAGCGCCGGGUGUUGGACGAAGACAACGACAUGGCAAUUUCGUAUACAAAUAGGGUGUCUACCGGCCAUCCCCCAACGUUACCGUCAUUUCGCGAGCUUCUCCCGCCUCAUCUUCACGAUGAGAUCGAUUCUUCAGCGUCAUUCUAUAGUACCCGCCCGCAAUCACAAGAGCGGCCCUCAUCUGUCCACGACUCGACAAUGGAUCCCAGGUCUAUACCUGGCCUCUCGCCAACCAGCCCUCUGAAGAAGCGCUACGCAGAUCAUUCACAUGAAUAUACCACCCGCGCGGACGAGCGACCGUCACGUCCUGUUUCCGAUCAUUACUCCGUGAGAUUGAGCGACCAUGCUGCGCGCGGCCCGAGUCCCAUCCUCCCACCGAUCCGGGACCUUCAGUCUGUGGGUGAUAGGAAAAGCUUCCCCGACGAGAGACUAGGCAUCUCACGAUCGGAGCCGUUUGCACAAGAAUUUCGAGCUGCGCAGUCUGCUUCAUUGCCGGGGUCGCUGGGCGAUCGACGAAACCCGGACCCGUAUACAACCUCCAUCUUGAACAAUCAACCACCAUAUCCUCAUGCGGGAGCAUCGUACCCGGGAGAGUCGGAUCAAUUGUCGCAGAACAUGAUGGCGCAUCCGCAACAGCCAGCAAACUUUGGAAUUAUGGGUGAUGCGAUCGACCCUAAAACGAAGCGCCGGAGGGGUAACCUACCCAAACCAGUCACGGACAUAUUGCGCGCUUGGUUCCAUGAGCAUCUGGAUCACCCGUAUCCCAGUGAAGAAGAUAAGCAGAUGUUUAUGACCCGAACUGGGUUGUCUAUCAGUCAGAUCAGCAAUUGGUUUAUCAACGCUCGCCGGCGACAACUUCCGGCUUUGCGAAACCAACAGCGGACCGGGGGAAGUGAGGUCGAAUCUUCGAGGCACUCUCCGUUUAGCGAUGCUGAUCAGGAUCUCUUGCCGUCACCUCGGCAAUAA